CAGUCCAAUCCACUUUAAUCCAAAGAGAGAGAGAGAGCGAGGGAGAGGUUCUGUUGGGUCGUGUGCGAUAUCUUCGUUUAACGAUUUAGUACCCAAAUAUUAUUUAUAUGUAACGUGGGAAGUAUUCGGGAAAGAGAGAUGUCGAAUGAUGCAGACGAAGAUGACUACAUGUCCGCCGAUUUCCUAGCUUCUGGCGAGGAUCACCGGCCAGGUCUGGUGUUAAACCGUGCUACGAAGCGGAAGUAUGAGGCCGAGAAGCGGCACUGGGAGGCAAACCAGCAGAACCGGACCAAGAGCACCAAGCAGCUCAUGGAGGACACGCGCAGCGAAGCGUUGAGCAAGCCCCUCGGCGAAGAGAACAAGGGGUUCAACCUUCUACGCAAGAUGGGCUUCAAGCCGGGCAUGGGGCUCGGUCGAGAGAGCAACGCAGACAAAUCGCUGAAGGAGCCCAUCCCCAUUGUGGUGCGGACCAGCCGGGGCGGCCUGGGACAGGAAGCCGAAGCCAAGGAACGGAUCGAGGCUCGGCUCAAGACGACUUCGGAGGCAGAGUGCAAUCGCAUGGCUCAAACCUUCCGCGACGCCAAGCGCAGUGAGGCCUUGGUGCGCCAGGCAUGGUCCGACUUGGGCAAGAGCCAGAGGGCGUGUCACCAGCUCGAUUUGGCACAGGACCUCGAGGACCCGGAGCAGCCUUGGUUCUGGCCCCCUAAGAAACCCAAAGACCAGAGCAACGGCGUUAGGAAUGUCGUCUGCUUGGACGAAGAGGUGGCAGAAGACGACGGUCUGUCGGAAGGCGAUACGAGGAGAAGACUCGAGGACUCUUCGGACGAAGAUGAGGAGGUGGAAGAAGAGAAGGAAGAGGAAGACCCGUGCGAGAUGCUGAGAACCUUGACGAGCUACUUGCGCGAGCGGCAUCACUACUGCAUCUGGUGCGCGAUCCACUUCGACGGAGACGAAGACAUGGCUGGAAACUGUCCAGGACCGACAAGGGAAGAACAUGACGAAGACUAGCGGCAUGUGGUUCAUCAUCAUCAUCAUCAUCUGUGUGUACCAUACUUCGCAUUCGUAAAGAUGCGGGAUAUCAGCACUCCAAGAAGGCCGUGCAGACGACAGAGUGGGCGAGCAAGUAGUUUGUUUUGCUUGUCGUGAAAGAAAUGGCAGAAUUAGGGAUGCUAGUUUGAAGUUGCUUCUGCGAGCAGGAGACUAGCCAAGAAACCGUCAUCAGACUCGUGAUGAAGGGUGUCUUAGCUAAUAUGGCACCUUGUAAUGUUUUAGAUUAGGUUGAUUAGGCUCUUCAAAAUAUUUGUUUCAACACUUUGAGUCAAUGUCACAGUGUGAUACACUGGAACAUUCGGUAGUAAUUGUUUAUCUAAUGCAACAAGCAAAAUUUUUUUUAAAGUUGUUUUGGACGAAAGAAAUUUUAAUUAUGUUCUUGGGGCCGACGAAGUAUGCCCCCAUGCCAAAUUGAGGCCCGCUCUCUCGUACGACCCACUCGUCGCAGCUCACUGCGAUGCCAAACUCUUCUCCUGACGACAUCCAGCGCAACCACAAGAGACAACAAAUGAUCAACCAACGUCACAUCUUUCUUGUGGCAUUCUUGGGCCCAUUCCCAAAUCUAUGUACAUAUGAAUUAAACCCUAAAAUCUCAAC